AUGGAUCCUCGGUCUCAUCCUUCAAGACCUCCGUCCACAAGCCUGCCUCAAGGCUCCACGCCCCUCUCCUCGACGCCCAUCUCGAGUAUGCCUAUGCCUCAAUACACUAUGCAGCCUCAGUAUCCGGUGUCCCAGCCCCAUACUCUGCCCCCGCUGCAGCCGCAUCACAGUCAAUCCCCUGCCCCUCACUCCUACAUGGGCCAGCCGCCGUACAGGCCGGAUCUGUCGAGAUAUCCUACAACUACCCACGAUGUCUACGCGUCUUCCGCCGCUCCCAUCAUGCCGCACACCACGGUGGGCAGCCUGCCGCCUUCUUCGUUCCUCUCUCACCCCAACCCGCAGGCUCAAGGUCAACCGCCGCAACACUACCCUCCCCCUCAUAGCGUGCUGCCUCCGGCCUCCAGCGCCCAGAGCUACCCCCAGCCAAUUGCGCCGGCACCUCCGCGGGACCGCCGCCCAGACUACAAUGGUCUUCCUUCGGGCGCGUUCAGCUACAACGACGGCAAGGCAUCUCCCUGGGUGAACCCCGCCGACCCUGUCGCCGGUGCAAAUGGUGGAUCUCCCUACGCUGCCGCAAAGGAGCCCCCUCGUACCCAGGUGGUGGGAUCUCAGGGCCGCCGAGGCAUUCUCCCCAGUGUUCCGGGUCGCGCUACCCCCGUCGCGAAUGGCGUCAAUGGCACUGCUAAAAACACAACAAUUCCCGCCAAGGACGCGGAUGGAAAAUUCCCGUGCCCUCACUGCAAUAAGACUUAUCUCCACGCGAAACAUCUGAAGCGUCAUUUGCUUAGACAUACCGGUGACCGUCCGUACAUGUGUGUUCUUUGCAAGGACACCUUCUCUCGAAGCGAUAUCCUUAAGCGUCACUUCCAAAAGUGUUCGUUACGACGCGGAAACCCGACGGGAGCGACUCACUUGUCGCAUCCCCAGGCACACUUGAAGAGGUCUCAAGCUGCGGCAAAUCCUGCAAAGCCUGUUCAGGAUGAAGUCAGUAGUACCGUUCCGCCUUCCAAUGGCAUUGCGGGUACGACUUUCGGCGAGGGACCCGUGAACGGCAAUGGGAUGGCCUCUGGCCGACCCGGUUUCACGGACCAGCAGCCCCUGGGCUUUACGAUGUCCUCUGUCAACGGGAUGAACCGUCAGCCAGAAGACGCGUACCCCGCUGGUCAGCCGCAUCCGAGAGCACCAUGGAUGGCUGCUCCCAAGCAGAACCCGUACCUCGUGCAGCCCGGCACUGAUGCCUCUGGCCAGCAUUUGAGUGUUGACCGUCCUUCCCUUGAGCAGGUAAAGCCCCCGAUCGUUCAUGAUCCUAAGCGUCCUGUUAUGCCCGGACCAAACCCAAAUCACUCUGGCGAAAUUGACUGGACUUCGAUGUUUCAGCCCGGAGCCUCCGAUGGUUACAUAAACCCCGUUUUCCCCCAGUCCAUGGCCGCCGGCCAGGAGCCGAUCCAUGCUCACGUCGAGACCGAACGCAAAUACUACCCCGCAACGACCGCAGGUCCCCAGGAAGGCGGUAUGAAUGGCCUUUACCUGGCUUCGACCAUGGGCGGUGACGGUAUGUGA